AUGAGUCACCUGCAGGAGGUGGCAUACCAAGUCACCUCUUCACCGUUAGUUCUGGCACAAUGUCUCCUAUUGCUCCUCGUUCCUCUCCUGCUCCUGCUGCACUACUACGCCUCCCGACGGUCAAGGUCAAACCGCCGUCAUGGCAGCAGCUGCAGCGACGACAAACAGCAGCUUCCGCCUUCGCCUCCGGGGCUGCCCAUCAUCGGCCACCUUCACCUCAUCGGCGACCUCCCGCACGUCUCCCUCCGUGACCUCUCCGCCAAGCAUGGCCGCGACGGCCUCGUGCUCCUCCACCUCGGCGCCGCCACCACUCUCAUCGUGUCAUCCCCGCAGGCUGCGGAGGCGAUCAUGCGCACGCACGACCAUGUGUUCGCAUCGCGUCUCGUGUCCACGGUCAGCGACGACCUCAUGUACGGGUCCUCCGACAUCGCCUUCUCCCCCUACGGCGAGCACUGGCGGCAGGCCAGAAAGCUGGUCACCACGCACCUCCUCACCGUCAAGAAAGUGCACUCGUACCGUAGUGCCCGCAAAGAAGAGGUGCACCUUGUGCUGGCCCACAAAGAAUAUGGUAUGACCAGAGAUCAUGUUAAGGCCAUAUUGGUGGACAUGUUCGGUGCGGGCACAGACACGUCAUCCUUGGUCCUGGAGCUCGCCAUUGCCGAGCUGAUGCGCAACCCACAGCAGAUGGCUAAGCUACAAGGAGACAUUGAGGUUGCACCCGCCUGCCCCGCUCCUCGUGCCUCGCCUCUCCAUAUGGCGGACUGCGUCGUCGAUGGCGGCUACUAUGUCCCCUCCGGCACCAGGGUCAUCCUCAACGCAUGGGCUCUUGGCAGAGACCCGGAGUCAUGGGAGAAGCCGGAGGAGUUCAUGCCCGAAAGGUUCAUGGACGGUGGCAGCGCUGCGGCCAUCGACUUCAGAGGGAACCACUUCCAGUUCCUGCCGUUCGGAGCUGGACGAAGGAUCUGUGCUGGCAUCAACUUUGGGAUGGCUACUGUUGAGAUCAUGCUAGCAAACCUCAUGUACUGCUUUGACUGGCAGCUGCCCAUCGGCAUGGAGAAGGGUGUUGACAUGACAGAGGUGUUUGGAGUGACGGUGCAUCUAAAGGAGAAGCUCAUGCUUGUUCCCGUUCCCAAACUUCGUGCUACUUCUGGUCACUCCAUGCAAGCUGCUGAGGAAACGUCUAUGAACUACAAUCUACCCAGAUUGGACCGGAUGUAG